AUUCAGUGUGUACCCUCUUCCUUGCUCUCUUCUCCUUCCAUAAAUAAUAAUUGUAGAUCUUUCCACAUUACUGAAGCAGAAGCAGCAAAAGGUACAUAGGUCAAAAAUGGCGGACGGAAGAGGUGGCGAUUGCAAUAGUGAUAUAGCAGUUAGGCCGAUUCGGAAAGUGCUUCUCAUUUCCGCUGGAGCUAGUCACUCCGUUGCUCUUCUCUCUGGAAAUGUUGUUUGCUCAUGGGGAAGAGGAGAGGAUGGACAGCUUGGCCUUGGGGAUGCUGAAGAUCGAUUUUCUCCAACUCAGGUGAGUGCAUUGGAUGGGCAGGAAAUAGUAUCUCUCACUUGUGGAGCUGAUCAUACAACUGCUUACUCGGAGGCCUUAAAGCAAGUCUAUAGCUGGGGAUGGGGUGAUUUUGGGAGAUUGGGUCAUGGAAACUCCAGUGAUUUGUUCACUCCUCAACCAAUUAAAGCACUUCAUGGUAUACGCAUUAAGCAGAUUGCAUGUGGAGAUAGCCAUUGUCUUGCUGUUACCAUGGAAGGGGAAGUGCAGAGUUGGGGGCGAAAUCAAAAUGGCCAACUAGGCCUUGGCACCACAGAGGACUCUCUUGUGCCUCGAAAAAUUGAAGCUUUCAAGGGAAUACCUGUAAAGAUGGUUGCUGCUGGUGCGGAACAUACAGCUGCUGUUACAGAAGAUGGUGAACUUUAUGGUUGGGGUUGGGGUCGAUAUGGUAAUCUGGGGUUAGGUGACCGAAAUGAUCGCUUGGUUCCAGAAAAAGUUUCAGCCAAUGUGGGAGAAAAGAUGUUCAUUGUUGCAUGCGGUUGGCGUCAUACUAUCUGUGUCUCCUCUUCUGGUGCUUUAUAUACAUAUGGCUGGAGCAAAUAUGGUCAACUAGGACAUGGCGAUUUUGAGGAUCACCUCUUUCCUCACAAGGUUCAAGCUUUGCAUGAAAGUUUUACUUCUCAGAUAUCAGGUGGUUGGAGACAUACCAUGGCACUUACUUCUGAUGGAAAACUUUAUGGUUGGGGUUGGAACAAGUUCGGACAAGUUGGUGUUGAUGACAAUUGUGAUCACUGUUCACCUGUUCAAGUAAAAUUUCCACAUGACCAGAAAGUAAUUCUGAUUUCAUGCGGUUGGAGGCACACACUGGCUGUUACAGAAAGGCAGAAUGUCUUUUCCUGGGGAAGAGGUACAAAUGGUCAGCUAGGUCAUGGGGAGUCUGUUGAUAGGUAUGUCCCAAGGAUUAUAGAAGUGUUAAGUGUUGAUGGAUCAAGUGGACAACAAAUCGGAUCUUCAACAUUUGACCCAUCAACAGCUGAAAAAUCUUGGGUUUCACCUACGGAGAGAUAUGCUGUUGUUCCAGAUGAAAACGUGCCAAGACAAACAGUUAUUCCAGAAAGAGGGACUGGAAACGAUGUAAAUGUGCCGGAAAAUGAUGUGAAAAGGAUCCGAUUAUGAGAUUACUAGCAGUCUGGUGGACGUUUUGGACUGAUAUCUUCUAUUAAAACAGUAGUUGAUACCUCUUAUCUAAAGUUGCAAAUCUUGUAUUUUAUUUUUGGGUGUCCUAACACUUAUCAUAAUCAUGGCUUAGCUUCACGUUGUUGUCGCGAAAGGACUGAUUUUGUUUCACUAAAGUUAGAAGGAGAAUGACUAUUUAGACGUAUCUCCAAUUGUAACUGAUUGUUUUAGAACAAUUAAAAAUUCAAAGUGCUUACAUGAAGUCGCAGUUUUAAUCA